AUGUCAAGUAAUAUGACCUGUUUGGAUGCAUCAAAUGCAAUCGCUCUAUGGACAGUAUUAUUCUUAAUCACACCAAAUAUCUUUAACUGUGCUUCUAUACUGCUCAUUAUUUCCAUCGCUUUGAAAAUCAAAAAGUUUAAAAGUUUAAAAGAAGAUAUCGCUAGCAACACAAAUUGGCUUGCUCGAACAGCAAGACGAGUAAGUUUUGGACCUACGGCAAAAUUAGCAUUAUUAAAUUAUGCUGGUAAAACAGCUGAAAUUAAUCGACAUAUACAAAUUGUACCAUUGCCAGCCGUGAAACCUCAGGCAUUUCAAGCGAUUAUUGAUAGUAGCACGAUGUAUGACAGUAAACCUAUGCCUAGUACUGUCACGAAUCAGUCUAACUUGUAA